AUGAGCAUCCCACAUAAAACUGAACGUGUGGAUUCCGGUGCUCCCGAAAAGUCUCAGAAAAACCCGCGUCAAGACCCAUCGCCCGAAUCGCCUUUUGCAGCGUGCAACUUUUCCCCUAGUGGCCGUUUCGCCGGCGAGGAAAUUGACAAGUGGAAUAGGGAGUCAGAACAAUGUCGGGGCUUGAUCAUGGGGCAGUCCACGAUUCAUGCUGCCGGGGUCGUGUCGUGGUUUACCUUGGACGCAGUGAAGCUCGUGGACAGCGAUCCCGACUUCAAGCAACUGCUGUUUGCUGCGGGCACCAGUGGCGAUUUCAGGCCUGUCAUCAAAGCAGAGGCGCUCUUGCCAGAGCAUGCGAGAAUUCACACUUUCGGGAGCCAGGCCUCGAAGGAAGCGGCCGUCAAGUCUUGGCAGCAGGAGUUCCGAGGCACAACAGAUGCGUUAUACGCCGUCAUUCAAUGCUACAUGCGACAGGGGACGCCGCAGCCAUACGCCCGCCAUGCUGCCUACGCAGUCCUCCGGUACCGGGAAGUCACGAAUGUGCGACGAGCUCGCCAAGAAGGUCCUCUGCAUCCCGAUCAACUGGGGCCUGUGGGCGGGAACGCCUUCCCUCCAUCGGACAUUGAAGCUCGAUACUGGCUCUCUACACGCGCGGAUAAUCAGCAGCAUUACGAGCACAGGGUGCAAGCUUUCAUUCAUUCGCUCUUUGCAACUGUCCUGGACCGUUUGAAGAGCAUUGACCAAGACAUUGGGUCUGCGCCUGACGGUAUGCUCUGCGUACUGAUCGUUUAA